AGCUUGCAAGUCAGCAUAAAUACAUGCUACCUACCUAGGUACCUUACCUAACACAACCGGUUACCUUAGUCGAGGUUGAUACAGAUGAGACAUUAGCUCUUGUCAUAAGUUGCAAAUGCCGACUAUGAGUUGAUCAGCGGGCAGCAGGACUAAAGUAUCACCUUUGUCCUCAAGAGUACAACUUUGAUUUCAAUCAAUUCAAUUCAAGGCAGGACGCGUGUCUUUGGUGGAUACAGAGCCUGGACUUUAACCUUGGCUCUUACCCGUUCGUUGCCUUACCUACCUUAUUUACCACCUUAGUUACCACCUUGCCUACCUUGUCAACUUACCUACAUUACGUAUCUUUACCCAGGUAAGGUAGGUGGUAAUUAAUCAAGUGGUAAAUUAAGAGUGAACGCAACCUCUGCGAAAGCUCCAUUGGAUCCGACCCCCCCGAUGAUGCGGCAGACUACCGAGUUAAUGACUUGAUCUCUCGUGCGACGCUCUCCUUCGUUCCCUCUGCACGAAGAGAGCCUUCUUCUCUCUCUUCCCUCCAGCAUGUCGUCGCCAGACGGGCCCAGCACCAUCCGAGUUUUUGUCCGCUGGCACGAUCAAACUGUCUUCGCUGGCGAGGAGGUCAAGUGCACCAUCACCUUCAAGAACGUCGCGCCACCGCCCACGACUUCAUCCUCCAGCUCCACCCCGCCUUCCAGCUUUACCAGCGGCAGCCAUCUCUCUCGUCAGCAACAGCUCCAGCAGCAGCGGCUCAACAUCAACAACCACAGGCUCCCAAGUCCUCUUCUCGCAUCCCAGAACAGGCAGCCCAAGACCCUGACUCAGUCCUCCGGCCUUGCGCCGCCACCCCGGCAGUCCCGCGGACACCGACACAGCCACUCCGUCGGCGGGAUCUCGCCCUCCUCCUCACGAGCUAGGUCCGGCUCCGAAACCUGGCCUGCGCCAGCACCUGGCGAAGAAAGCCCAGGUCAGCGCGGCGGCUCUCAUAGGCGGUCCAUAUCUAUUGUUUCGCUCGGCUCCCCGACCCCAGACUCGCAAGGCCAUGGCGCUAGCGGGACCUUCAAGUCACCACCGCGGCCGCAUAGAGGCCACGGCCGCGCAUCGAGUCUGCAUAUAACCUCCCGCACGUCCGUUCCCAGCGGACCUCGAUCAGCAUCACAUCCACAUCGACCCCCCUUCAACGCGCAACCUUCGCCUCUUUAUAAUGCUUCUUUUCCUCCCUCGGGCUCCUCAACGGCGCCCAACACAUCUGAGCUUGGGAUCACCCCUGCAGGAGCAUCACCUCAGACGGCAGCAGAUACCCUUGCUAGUUUCCAAUUUCCCAUGAAAAACACUCCCGAAGUCCAAGCCUCAGGGAGUCCUGUCAUCAGUGUUAAUGAACCCCUGCCGGGCGCUCCUGAGGCGCCGCCCGAUGGCACAACUGGUGCCUCGAAUUUACCGCCAAGGAGGAACGACAACUCCAUACCUACGAUCAACGAAAACAAUGUAGCUCCUGCAGCCAGGGUACUGUCCACGACAAGCAUCUCGGGCACGCCUCGCAGCAGUACGGAAUUCUACUCGGUGAGCAACAACUCGACCGAGACACUAGCGUCGGAAUACGUGAUACCACAGCCGGGCAGGACAGCUGGAGGAAGGCCACUUCAUCUACGACAGAGAUCGCACUUGUCGGGGCAGAAGGCUCGAGCGGCACCUGAGGCUUUGAUGAUGGGAUAUGCACAGAUGCAAGGCUCCUUUACUCUGGACGGGUCGCUUGUGGACUUGGCACCCUUUGAGCUGGUCAAGCGCAAGGCGGUGGUGGGCGGUCAAGGUGGCGGUGUCAUCGGCGUGGAAACCCAGCAUAAGCGUGAAAGUGGCCUGCUGCGAAGUUUCGGCUGGGGUAGCCUGACCAGCUCGAUCGGCGAGCUACUGGGCGGCGGUGAGCUGAGCACUAUCAAGGAGAUGCGCGGCAUAGCGGACUCCAAGGCAGUUCCGUUGCUGUCGACCCCUCAGUCCAUACUGUUUGUGGACCUGAAGCUGGCACCUGGAGAGAGCAAAUCAUUUGAGUAUACCUACAGGUUACCCAAAGGACUGCCUCCAACACACAAGGGCAGGGCCAUGAAAAUAUCGUACAGCCUCAUCAUCGGUACCCAAAGGCCUGGUAGUGCCAAGGAUCACCAGAUGAAGUCCGUCGAAGUGCCGUUCCGUGUACUCGGUAGUGUUAACAACCACGGAGAAAUACUGGGUCAUGACUUGAUGAACCCUUAUGUACUCCUUAAAGAUCUUGCUCAGGUGCAAUCUCUGGACGAUUCCAAGAACCGUUCACCCGAGAACAACAGUAACGGUACGGGUACCGCCCCUGGAACGUCUACUGGCUCUACGAUGCAAAGCUUCCUCACAUAUGUGGAUGAACUAUUAAAUCGCCCAACCCAAGGCACUGGGAUGGACGCCCUUUUAUCACCUACGGCAGUACCUGGGUCACGACGGCUGUCAUCGGCCUCUUAUUUUGAGGAUGGUGUCUUGUCAGCCAAGGAGGCCAUAGACAUGGCCAUUCUGCGUAGCAAUCUGACUGGAGCGGGCCAGCAGAGCGCGAACAGGUUCGAGAUUGCUCGCAACGGGCGCAAGGUUGGAGUCGUAACUCUAGCGCGGCCCUCCUAUAGAAUUGGAGAGCCCGUCGCCAUGACGGUUGACUUCUCUAGCAGAGAGCUUCCUUGCUACGCGUUGCACGCGGCCCUCGAGACGGCAGAGCGCAUAGAUCCGUCACUCGCAGUUCGAUCGGAGGCCAGCGUGCAUCGUGUCACAAGACGAGUAUAUGCGACAUCAUCCGAAGCAGCAAUGUUUGCCCGCCGAGUGGUGUUCGCACCUACGAUACCCGUCUCAGCCACUCCCGAGUUUGUCACCAGCGGUGUCAGUCUCGAGUGGAGAAUUCGCCUCGAAUUUGUGGUCCCAUCUGCCACUGCGACCAACUCCCACACACCACAGACUCCCACCUUUUCUCAUCAAGGGCAGAAUGGGAGCGGAUUCGAUGAGGAUGAUGAAGAUGAUGGGGAAGGGAGCGACACAGGCAGCAGGAUGACGGAACGGGAGGGCCUCCCAUCGUCGGCUCGUUUGUUACAGCAGCAGCAGCAGCAGCAGCAACAACACCAGCAGCAAAAACAGACACAUCCUCUCCUGGAAGAAGUCUCACGUGAUGAGCGCGGCGGUCUUGUACUAGUCGCGGCUGAGACGUUGCCAUGCGAGAGUUUUGAGGUCGCUGUCCCAUUACGUGUCUACGGCGCCGUAUGCAGCGGGCUGGAGAGGCUGGAGAGAGACGAGGCUGAAGGAGGCAUGUCUAUAUGAGAAGUUCAGCUGGAGUCACUGUCAUGAGCAACGUUUUUGUUUUUCCUUUGAUAAAAGCAAAGCGUGAAGAAUAGAUCGUUGGAUACAAGCAAUUGCCAAGCCGAGAGUAAUACUGAAGAGCAAAGCAAACAAAAUUUGUGAGACGGAGAGGAAUACCAUACGUGGUGCAUGCAGUCGAUUAUUAACAACCCCUAUACACAGACUGUCACUACAGCAAGACGAUGGGACGUCCAAGGCCUUCAGACGUUUAUCCCCGUGGCUGAAUAACCCUGCCGCAGUAUGUUGGAUGACUUGACGUGGGGCAAGGUACAAGGUGGGCAGGCCUACCUAUACAAGGCAGUACUUUUGAAAAAAAAGGACGUCACUGCAAAUUUGUACAGCAACCCCGCGAUCCCUUGUCUUUAUGACAGUUAAUUGGUCAAUGGAUAGCUUAUUAUAUCCUAAACAGGAUAUUUUCGGAUAAGGGUCGAUAACAACUGGCGGUCAAUUUUUUUUUUUUUCUCCCUUGGCCCCUAUCGCUGAGUCAGAGGCAAUGGAUUAAAUGCCACUCAAUCGGAUCAAGAUCUGACCCCUCCGACAUCGCUCCUAAAACUUUAUACCACCAAGUCUUGUUACAACUUAAACGCGAACUGCCACUUUUUUUUUU